AUGAGGAGGAAAUUAAUGAGCAAUGGGAUUGUAGCAGGACCUUCAACAAGUGGACAAGCACCAAAGAGAAAUGAUAGUUACCACGUACUGCCAAGUGCCAACUUACCAGCAUAUCUUGAAAUUCACAACUGCAGUUCUAGAGUAUUGCCAACUUACCGACAUCAUAUCUCUGAAUUCGCCCCUCUUCUCUACGGAGAACAUUUUCAAACGCUCAACCGUUAUGCAUCUAUUCUUUGA